ACACGCGAACAAGCAGGACAAACAAACAAUAAAGGCAUAUUUCUCAAAGAGAGCAACAGAACAAGUUGUAGUCUGCCCUUAGUUCCUAACAGGUUUAGUUUGAUAAGUUUCCAUCGUUGUUGUGGUAUUUUAUUUUGGGCAGGGGUUGUUGGAUAAAAAAAAAGGGGAGGGAGGGUAACAGCUAUUCUGAUCCCAUUUCCUCUCUGAGUUGGAAGUUUGGAGCUGUGUAAGAAGUCGGAGUUACAGAGGACGGCUACCGAAACAGAUUGCCAAACUUUUAAGGAAAAUCUCAACAUUGUUGUUUUUUUUUCUCCUUUGAGUUUUGAAUUAACAGCAAGGUAGCUCGGGCUGUGUUUUGAGAUUUGUAGACCAUGACGACCAUCAACACAGCAAACAUCAACUUCAAAUGGGACCCAAAGAGUCUGGAGAUCAGGACACUGGCUGUGGAGCGGCUGCUGGAGCCUCUUGUCACUCAGGUGACCACCCUGGUGAACUCCAGCAAUAAGGGUCCCUCCAACAAGAAAAAGGGCCGUUCUAAGAAGGCACAUGUGCUGGCUGCCUCAGUGGAGCAAGCCACACACCACUUCCUGGAGAAGGGGGAUAAGAUUGCCAAGGAGAGCCAGUUUCUCAAGGAGGAGCUCAUUGCUGCUGUAGAGGAUGUGCGCAAGCAGGGAGAAGCGAUGAAGACUGCCUCUGGGGAGUUUGCAGAUGACCCCUGCUCGUCGAUGAAGAGGGGGAACAUGGUGCGAGCCGCCCGCGCCCUGCUGUCUGCCGUCACUCACCUCCUCGUCCUGGCAGACAUGGCUGAUGUCUACAAGCUUCUGGUGCAGCUCAAGCUGGUGGAGGAGAGUCUUGUAAAGGUCCGCAAUGCUGGCACGGAGCAGGAGCUCGGGAUACAGUACAAGGCGCUGAAACCUGAAGUGGAUAAACUCAGCCUGAUGGCUGCCAAGAGACAACAGGAGCUGAAAGAUGUUCACCACAAAGACCAGAUGGCAGCUGCCCGUGGGGUUUUGCAGAGAAACAUCCCCAUGCUGUACAUCGCCUCGCAAGCCUGCCUGCAGCACCCUGACGUGGCAGCUUACAAAGCUAACCGGGACCUGAUCUACAAGCAACUCCAGCACGCUGUCUCUGGGAUCUCCAGCGCAGCUCAGGCCACUGCCUCUGAGGACUCCGUCCUGACGCAGCCUGGGGGAGGUGGGGAGCUGGCCUAUGCGCUCAACAACUUUGAUAAACAAAUCAUUGUGGAUCCCCUGAGUUUCAGUGAGGAGCGUUUCAGGCCCUCCCUGGAAGAGCGUCUGGAGAGCAUCAUUAGUGGUGCGGCGCUGAUGGCUGACUCGUCCUGCACACGUGAUGACCGUCGGGAGCGCAUUGUGGCAGAGUGCAAUGCAGUGCGACAGGCCUUACAGGAUCUCCUGUCCGAGUACAUGGGCAAUACGGGCAGGAAAGAGAAGAGUGAUGCUCUCAACACAGCCAUCGACAAGAUGACCAAGAAGACCAGGGAUCUGCGUCGACAGCUGCGCAAAGCGGUCAUGGACCAUGUUUCGGACUCUUUCCUGGAGACCAAUGUUCCCCUGUUGGUCCUUAUUGAAGCUGCAAAGAAUGGCAAUGAAAAGGAGGUAAAGGAAUAUGCCCAAGUGUUCCGUGAACAUGCCAACAAGCUAAUUGAGGUCGCUAACCUCGCUUGUUCCAUCUCCAACAACGAGGAAGGUGUGAAACUGGUCCGUAUGGCUGCCUCCCAGCUGGAGACUCUCUGUCCUCAGGUGAUUAAUGCUGCCCUGGCUCUUGCUGCCAAGCCCAACAGUAAGGUGGCACAGGACAAUAUGGAUCUCUUCAAAGAGCAGUGGGAGAAGCAAGUGCAUGUACUCACUGAUGCUGUUGAUGACAUCACUUCCAUUGACGACUUCCUCUGUGUGUCUGAGAACCAUAUCUUGGAGGAUGUGAACAAGUGUGUGAUCGCGCUGCAGGAGAAGGAUGUGGAUGGUCUGGAUCGCACGGCUGGGGCCAUCAGGGGCCGUGCUGCCAGGGUUGUCCACGUUGUCACCUCUGAGAUGGACAACUACGAGCCUGGUGUCUACACAGAAAAGGUUAUAGAAGCCACUAAACUGCUCACCAAUACAGUGAUGCCCCGUUUCAGUGAACAGGUGGAGGCUGCGGUGGAAGCUCUGAGUGGUAACCCCUCUCAGAUACUGGAUGAGAACGAGUUCAUUGAUGCCUCGCGGCUUGUGUACGAUGGAGUACGGGACAUCCGGAAGGCAGUGCUCAUGAUCAGGACCCCAGAAGAACUGGACGACUCUGACUUUGAAACAGAGGACUUCGAUGUGAGGAGCAGGACAAGUGUCCAGACUGAGGAUGACCAGCUCAUUGCCGGCCAGAGUGCCAGGGCUAUCAUGGCUCAGCUUCCCCAAGAGCAGAAAGCCAAGAUCGCCGAACAGGUGGCCAGUUUCCAGGAGGAGAAGAGCAAAUUGGAUGCCGAGGUGUCCAAGUGGGAUGACAGUGGCAAUGACAUCAUCGUGCUGGCCAAGGAGAUGUGCAUGAUCAUGAUGGAGAUGACAGACUUCACCAGGGGUAAAGGGCCACUGAAGAACACAUCUGAUGUAAUUAGUGCUGCCAAAAAGAUUGCUGAAGCUGGUUCAAGGAUGGACAAGUUGGGUCGUACCAUUGCUGACCGUUGCCCGGACUCUGCCUGCAAACAGGAUCUGUUGGCAUACCUGCAACGUAUUGCUCUCUACUGCCAUCAGCUGAACAUUUGCAGUAAAGUCAAGGCUGAAGUGCAGAACCUUGGAGGAGAGUUGGUUGUGUCUGGGGUGGACAGUGCCAUGUCUCUGAUUCAGGCAGCCAAAAACUUGAUGAAUGCUGUCGUUCAGACAGUGAAAGCCUCUUACGUGGCUUCCACCAAGUACCAGAAAUCCUUGGGUAUGAAGUCCCUGAACCUGCCUGCUGUCUCCUGGAAAAUGAAGGCGCCUGAGAAAAAGCCCCUGGUAAAACGUGAGAAACCUGAUGAGAAAACUGCUAUGGUCAAGAGGGCGUCUCAGAAGAAAAACGUCAAUGUGGUGCAAGCCCUCAGCGAGUUCAAAGCUAUGGAUAGUAUUUAAUAGCCUGGGAUGACGUGAAAUGCUUGGUGUUGGCAGACAGGAGCGUGAAUUGUAUAGAGCAGGGCUUCUCGAACUCUGUCCUUGGGACCCCCUGUGGCUGCUGGUUUUCAUUCCAACUGAGCUCUUAAU